AAAGUUUAGGGCAAAAUUGUGAACACUUAUCCGUGGAGUUCCAUAAAAUGGAAAAUUGGACAAAAAUUGACACAAUUCAUCAAUUUCAUGGUAGAAAUUGCUGUUUUUCUUCAAAAUUUCAAUUAUGGAUCACUUUUCAACGCUGCGUUUCAAUCUUGCCUUUCAUUUUUUUUCCCAAUACUUCCAAACGAAGCGAUAAGUCAACAGACAAAUAGCCGGAGCGCCGUUCGAUGAGAAAAAUGCAUUGUUUCAUAUCCCUAACUUUCGUUCUCUUGACACCGGCGACGUCAUCGGCGCAGCCAUGUGGCGGAGGAGGAGGAGAAUCGCCAGAUGCGAUGUGUCCAAAAGGCCUCUGCAGCGCCGGGUUGAGGUUCUGCGGAUCCGGAUUUGUGAGGCGAUGUGGUUCAGAUCUAACAAAUGUAAGCGCUAUCAGCAAACUCGGCGGCGUAAUUAGCGCCGCGGAUUUCGACGGAAUGCUUAAACAUCGAAACGAUCGGAAAUGCGAGGGGAAUGGAUUUUACAGCUAUGAGGCUUUUGUGAUGGCGGCGGCGGUGUUUGACGGCUUCGGCACCACCGGGAAUCUGGACACCAGGAAGAGGGAGGUCGCUGCUUUCCUCGCUCAAACAUCUCACGAGACCAAAGGAGGAUGGGCAGGUGCAGCAGAUGGCCCAUAUGCAUGGGGCUAUUGCUAUGUUAAUUCAAACGACAAGGAUCCAUCUUGUAUUUCUACACCCAAUUGGCCUUGUGCAUCUGGCAAGCAUUAUUACGGUCGAGGUCCCUUCCAAAUCACCUAUAACUUCAACUAUGGGGCCGCCGGAAAAGCAAUUGGAGUGGAUCUCAUAAACAAUCCUGAUCUAGUGGCUACCAAUCCAAUCAUAUCAUUCAAAACCGCCUUAUGGUUUUGGAUGACUUCCCAAGGAAACAAACCAUCAUGUCAUGAUGUUAUGACGGGUAAAUGGAUACCAUCCGAUGAAGAUAUAUCAGCUAAGAGAUUUCCUGGUUAUGGUCUAACCAUUAACUUAAUCGGUGGUAUUAAUGAAUGUAGUAGUGACACCGAUGCUCGAGCAGUUGAUCGGGUUGGUUUCUUCCAAAGGUAUUGUGACAUAUUGAAUAUUCCAUAUGGUGACAACUUGGAUUGUUUCGAUCAAAAGCCCUUUACCUAAUGAAGAAUGAUUCAUUAGAAAUUGUAAGAAAAAUAGAAAGAUCAAGUGUAUAAUGAUUUCGCCUUCUAUAAUUGUUUGAUAA